AUGUCAAGUAAACGUAGACUGUCAUCGAGGUUGGCAUCGGCGUCCAAUGGGCCCCAGGUCAAACAGGAGGUUGUCAAUACGCCUAAGAGGCGAAAAGUCGAAGUCAAACCUUUGCCUGUGAAGAAAAAGUCUCAUAAUGAUAAAAUCGUAGAUUUCUUAGUAGAUUAUAACUUGAGUAUCAACGAAUUAUUUCAACUAAAAGAAUAUGGAUCAGUUGUUGACUGGAAUCCAUCCGACUUUCUGGGUACCAAACCUAACAAACCAGAAUUGUUUGAACAUUUCCUUAAAGAAUCGAAAUAUGGGUUAAAAUGGAUUAACGAAGAGAAUAUAAAUCUUGAUGAUUUGCCCUUGAGGUUACAAAAGAAAGCUUUAGCUGAAAGAGAAGUGAAAUUAUUGGAAAAAUACCCUUUUAAAGACGAAGUGGUGGAGAAAAGUAAGAUCAAUGAGGAUAAUAUUAUACGACAAUUAGAUGGUGAAGAUAUCAUUGAUAUUCCAGUUAAGAAACUGUCAGUUAAAACACUGCCAGUUAAAACACUGCCAGUAAAGAGUGUUCCUAAGAUGAAGAUAAAACAAGAGCCUUCAAAAGUUAAGAAACAACAAUCCAUCAACCCUGAAAUUGUUGGCUAUGAUGAAGAAGGCGAACCAGUGAUACGGAAACAAGAUUCAGAUAUCGAUGAUGAUGAUGCAAUUUUGACUGAUCUUGAGUAUCCUUUAAACCCUGAAUCCCACCAUAAAUUGAAAGAUAUAAAGUUUAAGAUCAAAGAACCCAAGAUCACUCAUCCAUCACAUAUUCCUGGUUGGAAACCUCCUGAAGGUGAUAAUAUGAAUGAUGAAGAAAAUCAAAAGAUCAUUGAUUUCAAUCCUUUGCCUGUUGAAAUCAUCACUGACAAGAAAGGUGAACAUAUAGCUGAUAAAGUGGGUGAAAGACUUUCGAAAUUCCUUGAAAAUGAACUCAAAUAUGCCAUUACUGAAGAUGGAACUGAGUAUAAUAAUACCAUGACUGAAUAUAAAGAAGUGCUUCAUCAACAAAUGGAUUUAUUCAAGAAAUUAUAUGAAAAGACAAGAUUUGAAAAGAGUUUGGAAUUGAAUGGGGAUAAAAUUGAAAAGAGAAAGUUAGCAUUACCUCAAUCUAAUGCUAGACAAGUAGCUGAUCCAUUUAGGGCCACCUCUUCAGUGGUACCUAAAUCACAUGGAAUUAGUUCUUCUACUCAUAUUGAUAACUUGUUAGCUCAAGGAUCUAAUUUUGCUAGAAUCCAUCAACAAGUUAGAAAACAACGUCAAGCCAGGAUUAAAAAAAUCGCUAAUAUGGUAGAUGCCCAUUUUAAAUGGAAGAAAGGUGAAAAGGAGAGAGAAGCAAAAGAAAGAGAACAGAAUCUUCGAAAGAUCAGUAGAUUGGCCGUUCAAGCUGUUAAGAAAAGAUGGACUCAAGCUUAUAAAGUAUAUAAAUAUUUACAAGAUCAGAAAGAAGAAGAAUUGAAGAAGAUCAAAGGAAGAGAACAUUUAAGUCAUAUGUUGGAACAUUCAACUCAAUUACUUGAAGCACAAUUAAAACCUUCAGAAAAUGAAAGUGAAGAUUCUGACAAUAUGAGUGAUUCUGAAGUCAGUGUAGAUGAUACUAUGGAUGAUCAAUUAUCUGUAGAGAAACUUCGGGAAAAGUAUGGUAAUUUGAAGGAAUUAAACGAUACCAAUGCUUCUUCUGUAUCGGAUGAUUCUGAUGAUGAUUCUGACAAUGACAAUGAUAGUGACAAUGAUAGUGACGAUGAUAGUGACAGUGAACCUAAAGGAUUAUCAGCACUCUAUGGAGAUGUCGAAAUAUCUGAAGCUGAUAUGUCAGGGGUUGAAACUUCAGCUACUCCUGAUAUUCUUGAAUACACUGAUGAACAAAAAGCAUUGAUUGAGGAUCUCAAUGGUGAUGAUAAUGAAGAAUUGGCGGAAGAUUCAGAUUCUUCUAUACCUGAUGAUACUACUGAUAGUGAAUCAGAAAGUAGUAGCUCUGAUGAAGCUGCUCCUCAAUCAUCACUUGCUUCUUUAUUCAAUCCUGCCAAAGAAUCCGAUGAUGAAAGUGUCGAUGAUGAAAGUAUGGCAGUUGAUUCUGAUGAUGAACAAAUGUCUUCAACCGAUGAAGAAGAUGAACCUAAAACACCUAAAUCGGAUUCUUUAAUUGAAAAACAUUCAGAAUUACCCGAACAGGAAGUUAAUGGAUCUAAAGUUAGAGAUGUUCCUAUUCCUUCAUUAUUACGUGGUAAUCUUCGUCCUUAUCAAAAACAAGGUCUUAAUUGGUUAGCUAGUUUAUACAGUAAUGAUACUAAUGGUAUUUUGGCCGAUGAAAUGGGUUUAGGUAAAACCAUUCAAACCAUUUCUUUAUUAGCCCAUUUAGCUACCGAAUAUCAUAUCUGGGGACCUCAUUUAAUCAUUGUUCCAACAUCAGUUAUGCUUAAUUGGGAAAUGGAAUUCAAAAAAUUCGCUCCUGGGUUUAAAGUUUUAACAUAUUAUGGAUCUCCUCAACAAAGAGCUCAAAAGAGAAAAGGUUGGAAUAAACCCGAUGCUUUCCAUGUUUGUAUUACAUCAUAUCAAUUAGUUGUUCAUGAUCAUCUGUCAUUUAAAAGAAGAAGAUGGAAAUAUAUGAUCUUAGAUGAAGCCCAUAACAUUAAGAAUUUCCGAUCAACUCGUUGGAAAGCUUUAUUGAAUUUUAAUACUGAAAAUAGAUUACUUUUAACCGGUACACCAUUACAAAACAAUUUAAUGGAAUUAUGGUCAUUAUUAUAUUUCUUAAUGCCAUCAUCAAAAGUUAAUCAAGCUAUGCCUGAUGGUUUUGCUAAUCUUGAAGAUUUCCAACAAUGGUUCGGUAGACCGGUUGAUAAUAUUCUUGAACAAGCUAGUAGUAAAGGAGGAGAUAUUAUUGAUGAAAAUGAAAGUACUGUUAAAGGUAUGGAUGAAGAAACUAGAAAUACUGUAGCUAGAUUACAUCAAGUUUUACGUCCAUAUAUUUUACGUCGUUUAAAGAAAGAUGUUGAAAAGCAAAUGCCAGGGAAAUAUGAACAUAUUGUUUAUUGUAGAUUAUCUCAAAGACAAAGAUAUUUAUAUGAUGAUUUCAUGUCUAGAGCUAAAACCAAAGAAACUUUAGCUUCAGGUAGUUUCCUUUCAAUUAUCAAUUGUUUGAUGCAAUUACGUAAGGUUUGUAAUCAUCCGGAUUUAUUCGAAGUUAGACCUAUUGUCACAUCAUUUGCGGUUCCCACUUCAGUCCCUGGUCAUUAUAAACCAUUGGAAUCAUUAAUUCAAAAACUUUUAAUCUCCGAUGAUAAGUUCCAGAAAGUAUCUUUUGAUACUUUGAAUCUUGAUCUCACAUCUAAAGAUGGGAUGAAUAAAUUUGUUGCUCAAUCCACCAAUAGUUUGAAAUCUACUCAUUCUAUCAGAGAACAAGUUGAAGAAUUAGAUAAGUUAAUAGCUAUGGAAGCUGAAUCUACAGGAGACAAUAGUUGUUUGGAUUAUUAUAUCAAUUUGAAGAAGAGUCAACAGAUCAGUUUGAAAGAACACUUGGAGCAAAGUAUUUAUUUGAAUGAUUUAAGAUGUGAAAGAGAACCUAUUUAUGGAGAUUCUUUCUUAAACUUCCUUAGAUCAGCAACUAUACCUAAAAGACCUAUCAAAAAUUUGGUUAUUGAUGAACUUAUCACACCUUUAGAUAAAAGAUUGGAUAUGAUGAAUAGUACUAUUGAGAAUUAUUCCGUUAUCACUCCUAAAGUGGUAACUCUUGAUAUGAAAGAGAACAUGUUCCCCGUAGAUGUUAGAGAUAAAGUUAUCAGUGAAAAUCUUGAUAAUCCAUUCCAUAAAUCUCAAGUUAAAUUAUCAAUCGCCUUCCCUGAUAAGUCUUUAUUACAAUAUGAUUGUGGGAAACUUCAAAUGUUAGAUAAAUUGUUACAACAAUUAACUAGUGAAGGACAUCGUGCACUUAUUUUCACUCAAAUGACCAAAGUCUUAGAUAUUCUCGAACAAUUCUUGAAUAUUCAUGGUUAUAGGUACCUGAGACUUGAUGGAUCCACCAAAAUUGAAGAUAGACAAUUAUUAACGGAAAAGUUCAAUAGAGACCCUAAAAUUCCAGUAUUCAUCUUAUCUUCGAGAUCUGGAGGUCUUGGUAUCAAUUUAACAGGUGCUGAUACGGUUAUCUUUUAUGAUUCAGAUUGGAAUCCUGCUAUGGAUAAACAAUGUCAAGAUCGUUGUCAUAGAAUUGGUCAACUGAGAGAUGUUCAUAUUUAUAGAUUCGUUUCUGAACAUACAAUUGAAUCCAAUAUCUUAAGAAAAGCCAAUCAAAAGAGACAAUUGGAUAAUGUGGUUAUUCAAGAAGGUGAUUUCACUACUGAUUAUUUCGGUAAAUUCUCCGUUAGAGAUAUUGUCGAUGACAGUAAGUUGGCAACUGAAAUCCCCGAUAAACCUUUAGCUACAGGGAAUAUUGAAAAUGCCUUGAUGCAAGCUGAAGAUGAAGAUGAUAGGGCUGCUGCUAGUGCGGCCAUGAAAGAAACUGCUGUUGAUGAUAACGAUUUCAAUGAAGAUCCAAAUGCUGGUAAUAAAGGCGAUAAUGAUGACAUGGAUUAUGAUGAAGGAGUGGGUCAUGUGGACGAAUACAUGUUGAGGUAUAUUGCCAAUGGUUAUUAUGAGUAG